GAUUGAUCCAUCCUACCACGCGCGCACUUCUCGUUGGAAUUGUCAGUCAAUCCUUGUGAUCUCUGGAAAAUCGAUCGCUGAUCUUUUCUAAGCGUUAGCGCCCUAUGAAGAAAGCGCGAAGCUCAUCCUGUUGGGGUAAACUCAAGUCAGCGCUCGAUCAUCGGGCCGUCAGUUGGUAAGAGCCGGCGGCAAAACCUCAUCUCUUGAUUCACCGCGUCUCGAGGUUCGACAUUUCGAAAUUGUCGGCCUGAAAUUUUCUUCGCGCCUUCGGGAGUCGACGACUCCCCCACUCGAUUCGUCCAGAGAUGGCACCGUCACUCGACUACUGCUCAGUGGCUUGCAACAACACACCUUUGUGUCUUACGUGGUCCGAAAAUGGUAACCUUUUCUACGGUGCUGCAAACUCGCUCAUCGAGUAUGAUUUUGAGGGAAACGACGGUCACGGCUUGGUGAAGAACUCGCGUAUCCGCCACAAGGACAAAAUCACCUCUGUCAGCUCAUCUAAGCGGAGCUUGCUCACUUGUUCCAGAGACGGCACUUGUAAUCUGACGCAGGGCUCGACGGAGGUAACUUUAGAAUGUCCAGGAGCGCAAAUGUUCGGGGAUGUCUUCGAUGAAGACGCUGCGGUCACGUGGGUGAUUUCGGGUGGUGCUGACGACACCGUUCGUGUCUGGAAGGUCGAUAAUGCCUCGCCUACGCUGGUUUCUCAAGUCACUCACGGGAGUAAUACUCCGUUGUGCGUUCGUAUAUUCAAAGCCUAUGGGACGAUUCUGCUAUUCAUUGGAUGGACAUCCUGCGAGGUUCAAGUCAUGGCUUUCGAAGAUGGAUGUUUCCAAGAGCUCUGCAAGCUCUGCAAUCACGAAGACUGGGUCCGCGGUAUCGACCUAAAAUUCUUCUUGAACUCAGGCGAUCUUCUUGUGGCCACCUGCGCUCAGGAUAACCUUAUUGGGAUGUGGAGGAUAUCGACCUUCGGGGAAGCCACCGAUGAAGAGCUGGAAGUCAGGAAAAUUGAAUUACACAUCAGAGGUUCGUUGAGAGACUGCUAUUAGGCGAGGGCCGUGACACACGAGACGAGCAUCAUAUUCUCAAAUUGAUGAUCGAUUCCAGGGAGACACCUGCAAGCGGAAUUAGAGACAGUCCUCGAGGGCCAUACGGGAUGGAUCUAUUCAGUCAGAUGGCAUCCGAGCGCCUUGAGAUUGCUAUCAGCAUCGAUCGACAAGUCCAUCAUCAUCUGGGAAUUAUCGAACGACUGCGAUGUCUGGAUCGACAAAGUUCGCGUCGGAGGAGUCGGGGGAAAUAAUUUGGGAUUUUUCGGGGCAGUCUGGGACCCUGAAGGCAGACGGGUGCUAGCGAGUGGCUUCCACGGCAGUUUCCAUCUUUGGAGAGUUCAGAUUGACGAGGGAAAAGAGGAAUGGGUACCCUGUGAAGUUCCUGGGGGUCAUUUUGGCCCUGUAAGAGACUUGUCCUGGUCUCCGAGCGGAAGUUACCUACUCAGCUGCUCUGACGACCAGACGACGAGACUACAUGGUCAAUGGGGAUCGCAUAGGUCUUGGAAGGAGCUCGCGAGACCGCAAAUCCACGGUCAUGAUCUGUCGUGUAUAUCAUCUCUGACAGAAACCUCCUUCGUCUCCGGAGCCGAGGAGAAAGUUCUUCGAGCCUUCAGCGCCACAAAAAACUUCGCUCUGAACUUCAAGAGGUUAACCGAAGCAGAUCUCACGACAGAAGAUGAAAUAUCCAAACUGCCAGAGGGUGCUUCGGUAGCCGCUCUCGGACUUUCCAAUAAAGCCGUAUAUGAGGCCGACUUGAGAUCGCAAAGAGAUGAAGAAAAGAGCGGCAAUCCGAAGGACAACCAAGAGGACUUUUACUUCAGACCGAUAGAGUUGAUCUCGCCUCCGACGGAGGAAACCUUGGCUCAGAACACAUUGUGGCAUGAAGUGCGGAAACUCUACGGGCAUGGAUACGAAUUAUUCACCGUAUCAUCGUCGCCGGGAGGCUCAGUAGUCGCCUCUGCCUGCAAAGCUCAGUCGGCCAAACAUGCUGCCGUCAUUCUCUGGGACCCCAAAGACUGGAAAAUCAUUCAAAAGCUCGAGCAUCAUCAGUUGACGGUGACCAAGAUUGCAUUCAGCAGGAACGGGAAACAGAUUCUGACGGUUUCGCGCGAUAGAACUUGGGCGUUGUGGGAGAAGUUCGAGAGCGACUUUGUCAAGAUAGCUUACGUGGACAAGACCUGUAGCGUCCACCAGAGAAUUAUCUGGUCGUGUGCUUUCGGACCCGACGGGUCGAACGUGUUCGCAACGUGCUCCCGAGACAAGCGAGUGGUAAUCUGGGGCAAGUCCGAGACGAAACACCCUCUUAUGGGCGACUAUGUGUCGAAAAACGUUCUAGACCUCGAAGACUCCGUGACCGCUCUCGCGUUCGCAGCGAUGCCGAGCACGACUGGACGGGUCCUCUUGGCAGCGGGUCUCGACAAUGGGCUGAUUGAAACUUACGAUAUUGGGUUGGGCCACGAUGCGAUCACUGUCGAGAGAUCCCAUCGGAUCAGAUGCCACGACAGCACGGUCAACGCUCUGGAAUUCAGUCCCCGACACACGGAAACGCUGCUUGCUUCUUGCUCCGACGAUCAUUCCGUAAAAAUCCACCGAAUCCGAUGAACCAUUUCGGGCUCCCAUAAGGAAUCGGCGCAGGAAGCUCCGAACUCGUGAUGAACAUCAUUUUCUAGAGGAAGGCGACGCGAAGAUCAUUCAGGAUGAGUG